GUCAAAUCAAAACCUCCAAAGCGCUCUCAAACUCUCACAAGCCCCAGGCCCCCCUCAAAUUGUUUUCCUCAACUUUCUUUCCCCACCAACCCCAACCAAGCCAACCAAUGGAUCAGAGAUUCCAUGCCCUGCCUCCUCUCAAGAGAUUCAGACUUAUGCAACAACAAGAGCAGCAGGAAGAUACCCUUUUAUCCUCGUCGCGCCUUCCGGCGAAGAAAAGAAAAGAGGCAUGGCACCAGCCCCUUCUCCCUGACCCAUUUGCCGCCACCACUGCUGUCUCCACCUAUUCAUUGCCUGCCAAGAAAAGGGUUUGGGCCUUCCAGCCAGAUUUAAUCUCCGAGGACCCGCUUUCGACAUUGGACCUUAAUGUCGAGUACAAGGUGCCUUUUGGUGCAGAGUCAGAAGAAGCAGUGGUGGAGAAAGAAGAAGAGGAAGAAGAGAAGGGUAUUAUUCAUGAAAAUGAUUGCAGUGAAGCUACUGAAAAUACCCAAGAAGAGAAAGGCCAAGAAAUUACUGGUGAUGAAGAUGACAAUGAAGAAGAAGAAGAUGGGAUUGUUUGUGCUAUAUGUCAGAGCACAGAUGGAGAUGCAUCAGAUCCAAUUGUGUUCUGUGAUGGCUGUGAUCUAAUGGUUCAUGCCACCUGCUAUGGCAAUCCCCUUGUAAAGGGUAUUCCAGAGGGCGAUUGGUUCUGCUCCCAAUGCUCGCUUUCUUCUGCGUCUUCUCAAUCCACUGAGUCCUCUUCUUGCUGCCUGUGUCCUAUCAAGGGAGGAGCAAUGAAGCACACCAGAGAUGGCAGGUGGGCCCACAUUGUGUGCGCGCUUUAUGUUCCUGAGGUGUUCUUCAAAGACCCCGAAGGCCGAGAGGGGAUUGAUUGCUCCAAGGUUCCCAAAAGGAGGUGGAAAGAGAGGUGUUAUGUUUGUAAGAGUUCAAGGGGAUGUGCUAUUCAGUGCUCUGAGCUUAAAUGUCCUUUGGCUUUUCAUGUGACUUGUGGAUUGAAUGAAGAUCUUUGCUUAGAGUACAGGGAAGGAAGGAAGCAGGGUGCUAUUGUAGCUGGGUUUUGUAAAACCCACUCAGAUCUGUGGAAAAAGCAAGAACAAACUGGGAAGUACAAGAUUGUGGCUAGAGAAGACUGA